AUGGAGACCAAUACAUCCGUGGCCGGUUUACCUACCGUGGCAGGGCACGAUUACAAAGAUGGCGGUGUCAAAUGGAAACGCUAUACUCGUGAUUGUCGCUUUAUUGAGUUUGCAAUCUCGGUGAUCAUGUACGGAUUUGCUCUCUUCUUCGCCAAGAUUCAGGUGGCUCAACGCGAGAUUCCAAAUAUCGAGGUUCAACUGAGCUCAACAACUUCGAUUUGGGCUCGGGAUCCGACGAUUAAUAGCAGGGAGAAGGCGCAACAAGUUUCUAUGUUUUCUCUUAUCAGCGUCGGCGUCGGAGCCCCCAUUAUCACCAAUCUGUUUAUUAAUUACGUGUUACCCAAGUUUCGCCGCGUGCGCAUUAUUCCUUACGAUACGCGCGACUUUUUCUUGACGCUGUUGCAAUCCACUAGCAUGGCUACACUAUUGACGCAAUUUACGAAGAACAUGACAGGACGCUUUCGUCCAUGCUUCUACGACAUGUGCGACUGGAACUAUGACGAAGUUUGGGAUGGAGUCACUAAUCUAUGCCGAAAUGUCUCGGGUGAAAAAGAAGGCCGCAAGAGCUUCCCAUCGGGGCACGCGUCAUUUGCAUUCGCGACGAUGCUUGUCCUAACGCUUUAUUUGCUCGGUCGGUCUUCAUUAAACUGCGAAAAUAGAAAUGAGACCAUCAUGCGGGGCGGACGAAAAUCGCUGAAGUUAUUUCUCUGUUUCAUUCCAACCUUCUUGGCAGCUUGGGUGGCUGUCACUCGAACGAUCGAUAACUGGCAUCAUUACGCUGACAUCUUGGCGGGUAGCAUCAUUGGUGCUGUAUCUGCUUGCGUAUCAUACAGCUACAACUAUGCUUCUAUCUUUCACACUCGGCAUGCAGGUGUCCCAUUACAAGAAUACCACGCUGCGUGUUGUAAAGACCAUUUGAAUGAAAGAGACGUCACUUACACGAAUAGCGAAUCACUCACUGACCAGGGAAACGACAAUGGCAGUCCGACAAAGGCACGAAACGACUAUGUUGUGAAUGUUCACAACCGCACAAACGGUACCGGCGUCGAAAUAAUAAUGAAAGAUUUGGAAAACCGCUUCUUAAGCGACGGUCUCAUAUCAAGCUUGACCGGCCUUAUCGAUAAUUUGAUUGCACAAUUUGAUAAAUUAUGUGCUUCUAAGCAUUGUCGCGACGACUACGCAAGGGUACACAGCUGCUGCAGACUAAAUGAACAAUAUGUCUUGGCAAUUAAAUCAUCCAGUACGACGUGGGUUGAGGUGGGUGGUGACUAUCAGGCCCUCGAGAGUUAUGGUCGUUUAACUCCAAAAGCAGAUAAGAAUCGUAUAGAACGAGAUGAAAGAUUAGGAGCACAUGCUGAUGCUUUUAUAGAAUGA